CAGGCAAGAGAUCGCCGCGCGGUUCUGUGCUCCGGUUUCCCCGGAAAAUAUAAAUUAUAUUUUGUAAAAUGAACAUUCAUAGUAAAGCCAAUAAAUAUGUGUGUCCGAAUGAUCGGCAAUUAUCUUUACGAGCAAAGUUACGUACUGGCUGGAGUGCUGCCCGCAGUGAGCCCCCGCUGACAGAGGCUGAGCGAGAGGCCAUAUCUGCCGUUGUCAAGCGAGCUGAGAAAGUAGAAGAUAAUGAGGCGAAAAGGAUCGGUCGACUAGUUGCCCGACUCGAAGGGAUGCGUCGAUCAGCCCAAGGACCAGCACCAAGAAGCUGCGUUCUCUGCGGGGAAACUUCAAGGCUUCUAGCUCCCCUUAGGCUUUGUUCCAUGUGCAAAAAUUAUGCCUGCCCAAAAUGUGUCAUCGAUACUCCACAUAAAUUAUAUUCUAGAGAACAGUACAUGUGUAACCUCUGCGCUGAAACUAGAGAGAUGUGGAAGAAGUCUGGUGCGUGGUUCUUCAAAUCUUUACCAAAGUAUGUCCUGCCAGAACGGAAAACCAAGUAUAACGAUACAGAGUUCUCUAGAUCACUUCAGGAAGCGGGAACUAGUAGCAACGAAGGUAAGUCCGAUUCAGAGCCGAGCUCACCGCUAAGCCUCCAUCCACCUAUGUUUUCCCGACAACCGAGCAACAGUGAUAGGAAAUCUGUCAGCAUUUCUCAGGAUGCUUACGAUACCAGUGAAGCUGAAAAUCUUACACACGGUGUAUCUGGUUUAAGCCUCCAUAGAACUGAUAGUUAUAGCCAACGGUCCCUAGGUCUAAAACGCACAGGCAGUAAGGGCAGUGUAAGAACUAUAAGAAAGGACUCAAAUAAGGCUGAAAGACCUCCAGUGAUACCGGACGCCGGGUUUGGCACUUUAGAGAUAAAACUUGCGUAUGACAAUGGGACUUCGUCGUUGGCUGUGAGCGUUCUUCGGGCGCGAGGUUUAAUAGGAAUGGACAUGACUGGGUUAUCGGAUCCCUUUUGUAGAUUAGAAAUUCUACCCAUUGAAGGAACAUAUUCAAAUAGAUUAAGAACUAAAACCGUGCACAAAACGAAAAAUCCAGAGUUCAACGAAACCCUACAUUUCUUUGGUAUCACAGAAUCGGAUCUUAAUUCGAAGUCUUUGGAAGUUGUAGUAUUCGACGACGAUAGAUACGGCUGUGACGAAAUGGGUUCGGCAACGGUAGCUUUGAGAGAAUGUAUAAAUUCGCCCGCCCAACUCCGCUUAGCUCUUUCAGGAGCGUCCAGUUCGGAGCCUUUAGGUCCUAGGCUACUAUUAGCUCUUUGCUAUAAUACCAAGAGAAGGGCACUAGCCGUGACUGUAUGCAAAGCUACAGAAUUACCACCUCGGGAUAGCAACGGAUAUUCUGACCCAUUUGUUAAGAUCCACCUGGAUCCGGAUCCUUACCAUAAAAAGCACAAGACGUCAAUUAAGUGGCGAAACCUAAAUCCAGUUUGGAACGAAGGCUUCUUCUUCGAAACCCGUUUGACAGAACUUUCACGCCAAAAUCUGACGUUGACAGUUUGGGACAAAGAUUAUGGAAAGCCAAAUGACUUUUUAGGAAGUUUGAUACUUGGAUCAAGUAGUAAGGGUAGAAGAUUGAAGCAUUGGAUGGAUUGUAUCAAGUUUCCGGAUCAUAGACACGAACAGUGGCAUGCUUUGACGGAUACACAACAUAUUUAAUUCUGUUUUAAGGGUGGACUAUGCGGCCGUACAUAAAAAUUAUGUAUAUUUAAGAGUUACAUAUGACAUUUUGGGUAAAUUUCCUUUUCAAAGAUAAAACACAUAAGAUACUUAAACUAGUUUUAUAAAGAACCGUCUGGAUAGUGCCAAAAAUUAUAAUUAAGGAAUAAAAUAAUAUACUUUUUAUUAUAUUAUCAGUAAAUAGCAUCAGUAAUAAAGUUAGU